AUGAUAAUGGAUACAGGAAAUUACUCUGCCAUAACUGAGUUUGUUCUUCAGGGACUCACAGAUAAUCCCAAAGCGCAGCUCCCUCUUUUUCUUAUCUUCCUGUUGGUAUACAUCAUCACCGUAAUAUGGAAUCUCGGGAUGAUUGUGUUGAUCUGCACAGAACCCCAACUUCACAAUCCCAUGUAUUUUUUCCUGGGAAACCUCUCCUUCAUCGACCUCUGCUACUCCUCAGCCAUUGCCCCCAAAAUGCUGGCUGAUUUUUUAGCUAAGAGUAAAAAGAUUUCAUACAACGCUUGUGCUAUACAACUAUAUUUAUUUGGUUUCUUUGGAGAUGCAGAGUGUCUUUUGCUGGCUGUCAUGGCCUAUGAUCGGUAUGUGGCCAUCUGCAAUCCACUUCUCUAUACAGUCACUAUGUCCAAGAAGCUCUGCAAACAGCUGAUGGCUAUAGCAUACAUUAUUGCCACAGUGGAUUCGUUGAUACACACUAGCUGUACAUUCCAUCUGCCAUUCUGUAAAUCCAAUGUGAUUAAUCAUUUCUUCUGUGAUGAGCCUCCUCUCCUAAUGCUUUCCUGCUCUGACACCUUUAUCAAUGAGAUUCUGAUGUUCAUCUUUAUUGGCUGCAUUGAAGCAAGCAGCAUUAGCAUGAUUCUUGUUUCCUACAUUUAUAUCCUGGGCACGAUCAUGAAAAUGCGCUCUGCCGAAGGCAGACGCAAAGCCUUUUCCACCUGUGCCUCUCACCUGAUGGCUGUUGGGAUAUUCCAUGGGACAAUACUCUUCAUGUAUUUUCGGCCCAGCUCCAGCUACUCAUUGGACCAAGACAAAUGGGCCUCCAUGUUCUAUACAGUUGUGAUACCCAUGCUCAAUCCUCUGAUCUACAGUCUGAGGAACAAAGAUGUGAAAGAUGCUUUGACAAAGGUAGUUGAGAAGGUGUGCCUUGCUAUGCAAGUCAACUCAUGCUCCUGUAUUUUGUCUGUCUUAUUUAUUAAAAGUAUGAGCCAGCAACAGAAACUGGAGAUUUGA